AUGUUUUUAACAAGUUUAAUAAUUUCGACAAUUUUGAUGAAAAGUUGGGCAUUGGACGAUGUAACGACAAAUAUCGUGAGCGCCCAAGGAUAUCCGAUGGAGAAGCAUGGCGUGGAAACGAGUGACGGCUUUAAAAUAACAAUGCACCGCAUUCCCUUCAGUUACACGAAAGUUUUGCAAGACGGCAAUCCGAAGAAGAGCAUUCUCCUGGUGCACGGCAUACUUUGCUCGAGUGCCAUGUGGGUGACAAACAUGAAUAAUAACGCAACGGCACUCGCCUUUCUGCUUUCGGAUGCCGGAUAUGACGUGUGGAUGCUAAAUGUUCGCGGAACCGAAGCCUCCAUGGGACACACAAAAUUAAAUAUUGACGAUCCGAAAUUUUGGGAUUUUAGUUGGCACGAAAUGGGUAUGGAAGACAUCCCGGCGGCAAUUGACUACAUCUUGCGCAAGACGGAACGCCAAAAAAUCCACUAUGUCGGUCAUUCGCAGGGAUGCACGGCAUUAUUGGUGACGUUAAGCAUGCGACCGGAGUACAACGAAAAAAUUGCAUCAGCUUAUUUGCUGUCGCCGGCGGCUUUUAUGCAAAAUAUUCGCGGUCUUGUGCCGAGUUUGUUGGGUAAACGUCGUUCAAAUACCCUCUCGAAGACUUUAGACCGUCUCGGAUGGCAUGCAAUUGUCGUCCAUAAUAAUACUUUUUCCGAUCACAUAAGAAGUGUGUGUGGCAAUUCGCAAUUAAGUCGCGUUUGUGCCAACAUGAUGGUCAAUAUGAUCGGACAACCAGCGGAAAAUGUCGAUAAAAAACAGUUGCUGGCAUUUUUGUUCAAACUCGUGGGCGACAAUAGUUCCCUCAAGCAAUUCACGCACUACGUACAGAUGAUGCGAAGUGCCAAAUUUCAAAUGUACGACUAUGGCACCGAGGAAAACAUUAAAAUUUAUCAAUCAGAUGACCCUACUGAAUACAAUUUGACACAAAUAACGGUGCCCAUGACAAUUUGGCGCGCCGAACACGAUCCACUGUCCACGGAAAAAGAUCUUGAAAUUUUAUCGGAUCAACUACAGAAUGCGCAGCCGGUGGUAGUGAUGCCCGGGAAUCAUGUCGAUUACAUAUUUGAACCGAAUUCAAUUACCACAAUCAAAGAUUAUAUGUUGGAAACAAUGGAAAAUGUUGUGUAG